CAGGCUUUGACGUUUUGAGCCUGCGCCUCCUGCCAUGGUCGACUUGGCAUCUUUAAACACUGAACUGAAGGCUGCCAAAGAAAAAUGGGAGGAGCUGAAACUGGGCAAGGCCAAGAAAGAGGCGGAGACGUUCCCCUUCCCCGUGUGGGCGAUGCUGGCGACGCAGCAACCUCCGACGGCCAAAGCCUUUGAUGUCUACGAGAUCCCUGUGAAGUUGAUCAUCAACUCAAAAGAGGGACAGAUGAGUGUGGAGGUCCCCAGCCCUGAGCUGCCAGCGCAGUUGCAAUCAAAGAUCGCCGAAGCAGUGUUGGCGACCUGGAAGAAACAGCUCAAUAAGAAAGCAGCGCCGUGGGGAAUUGCCGCCACCUUUGAAUGGGUUGCAAGUAACUUUGCGAAGCUUUUGAUGCUGGACGCAGAGUGCCUGCACCCUUACGAGGGAUGUGAUGAGAAUGACUGCACCAUGAGGAGGUAUGCGAUUGGCCCUCCAGCAGUACAAGCAGCGGAAGAGGAGGACGACGAAGAUAGUGAGGAGGAAGAGGCCUCUGAAGAAGAGGAUGAUGCCGAAGCAAUAGCGAUGCAGGAGCGCCUGGCGGCCUUGUUAUUGGAAGUGGAACACCAUGGAGGCGAUGGACGGAAGAAGCUAUCUCCAGAAGAGAUUGAGCAGAAGAAGAAGGAAGCCGAAGAGCUUGGUGACAAGUUCCGGCAGCUCUCAAAGAAGGAGCGAAGUGAGAUAAACAAGACCCGCAAGGAACGCGCUGGGCAGCGCUUGGCCAAGACGGGGUCGAAGAGCCGGAAGUUCGAGGGGGAAGGUGCUACUUCCAAGGAGGACAAAAAGAAGAAGAACAAGGAGAACGUCAAAAAAACGUUUUGGAUUGGCCUGAGCAUGACCUGCUGCUUGGGAAGCUGAAGACCUGCCAAAGCACAUCUCUUUUUGGAGUCCAAGCACCAAGCAGGGCAAGAACCGCACAGCAAUAGUUUGUGCCGGUUUUUGGCUGAUCUCUCUUGGCUGUAUGGCAUGCAGGGUUGAUUUUCUUUUUAGGCACAAUCUUUCAUCAUGACUCGGCAGUAAGCAAAGCUCCUCUAAU